AUGAGAGAAGCUGAAAAAGGAAAAGAGGACGAAGAAGAGCCAGAUAACGAAGUUGAAGGAUCUGACAAAGAUCAACCUAUGUCGGAUGAAGACAACAAAUACAUCGAGGACGAAGCGGAAGAUGAUUGUAGGAUUCUAAUUCACCAAUACCUUGACAAAGGUACCUUACCAGCAGAUGUCAAAGAAGCUCGGAAUAUCGAAUCGAAAGCAGCAAUGUACAUCCUACGUGAUGGGAUACUGUAUAGAAGGUCAUUUCUUGUACCCCUGACGCGGUGCCUCUCACGAACUAAGGGCAGAAGGAUACUCCAUGACAUACACAGCGGAGAUGCCGACAAUCACAGCGGAAGAAGGUCAUUGGAAGUCAAAGCCAAAAUGAAAGGAUAUUACUGGCUAAGCAUGGACGAAGAUUCAAAAAACGUGGCUAAACGCUGUGAGAGAUGCCAACGCUUUGCUAGGAAAAUUAAAGCACCAGCAACAGAGCUCAACUCAAUAACAAAGAUUCAAACCGUCAGGAUACAUUAUUCCAAGAAAAAGAGACGACACAAAGGCCCCUCAGCUGGGGGCAACAUACAACAAAGAGUUCAGUUAAGAUAG